GCGAAAUUUGAAAAUAUCAAAAGUCUGUUUACAUUUUGAUUGAUAAUUGUUGUGUUUUGGGUUUCAAAGUCUGAAGCCAAUCAUGUGCUCCUUUGCAACAAAAACAUAGAAUUUUGAUGCGUUACCAAGCAGGUAGAGCAUUUCUUGACCAUGGAAGCAUUUGUAUUGAAUAUUAAUGGCAGAGAGAAAGGAUCUCUUCUUCAAAAUAAAACAUUUGUGCCUUUAGAUGGGCCAAUCUUUUCAAUAAGUAAUUUCUUUAACAACAAAACAGUCAGUUUUGUCCAUGCAGGAUGGAAUAAAUUAGGUACUGAAAUUGUUGCAGGCGAUUGUCAUGGUUUUGUUUAUGUAUUUUUCCUUGAAAAAAACAGGUUUUCUCUAGUAUGUCAUUUGAAAACUUGCACAUUUAUAACUUUUACUAAUGACAAAACUCAAAAUGUUUUAGUUGCUCUCUCAGACUGUUCUAUUGUUUCUUUAAAUACAGAAUCAAAAGAAGUGAUAAAUCAUUUUGACCAUCAUACUUCAUGUGUAAGCUACAUCUCUUUCAAUAAAAAUGGUGACAUAGCACUUUCAUGUUGCAAGGAUCAGGCAAUAUUAUGGUACUUAACAACUUUCAACAUCUUCCGUGUUCUUACUUUAAAAAAAGAUGUUGAUAUUACAAAGGUAUUUUUUCUUCCAGAAAGAGACCUUAUGGUAUCUGCUUUUAAUGACAGUUCUGUGUUUUUGUGGGAUUUCAAGUCUUUUAAAUGCACUAGUCAGUUUUUAUGUACUAGUGGUGAAAGUUCUUUAAACAUUAAGACUAUUGAUGCUUCUAGGGAUGAAAAACUGCUGGCAUGUGCUGGAAGAUCCAGUUGGUUCCUUAUAUGGAGUAUCUCGGAAAAUAAAAUAUUACAUACUAUAUCUCUGCCUGAUAGUAUGACUAAUGUUAAGCAGAUACAAUUUUUACCUAAUUCAAAUAAUGAUCAUAUUGUAUCUGUUCUUAGUGCAGAUGGACUAAUUCAUAUAUUUAAUAUAAAAACAAUGGAGCUGGUUUUCAAGCUGACAGGGAAAAAUGGAAAAAUAAUUUCUUCUUGCAAUUCAACUUGUUUAUUCCAGAUAUUAGCAAUCACUUCACAGGGAAAUUUGGAAUUAUAUGACGUUGAAGAAUUUGUAAAUAAUAAAAAAAUAGAACCAAAACAGAAGCAAAUUACAUACAUUAAACCUAUUCAUGAAGAUAAAAAGAUAUUGGUUAAGAAGACUAUAAAGGAAAAAAAGCAGUCUGGUGUGAAACUGGAGAAAGAACGUCUUCAGUCUGUUAUUAGAAAUUUUGAAGAAUAUCCUGAGAAAUAUAGGUUUUUUGUUUGGUCUCAGAUGUUGGAUUUACCACAUAAUGUAGAUGCUUUUAAAAUACUUCAUCAGGAAUCGCUCAAAGUUAAACCAUUUGUUAAAGACUAUUCAUUUAUGAAUCCUGGUGUACAGAAAACAUUUUUAAGGCUGAUGGCAAUGCUGGUUUGUUGGAAUCCUCUAAUAAAAGAAAUAGAUUAUUAUCAGUGUGUAGUUUUCCCCUUUAUCAAAGUUCUACAUAAAAAUACUAUCAUGUGUUUUGAGCUUCUAGCCACAUUAAUAAGCAACUGGUGUCAGAAUUGGUUCCUGUUUUGUCCUUUUCCUCCAUUCAAUAUUUUAUGUGUUGUAGAGAAUAUUUUGUCAUUCCAUGACAAAGAAUUAAUGGCACAUUUUAUUAAGCAUGAUAUCUCUGCUGAGGUAUAUGCAUGGAUACUAUUAAAGACAUCUUUUUCUGAAGUGUUUAAUAAAGAGCAGUGGUUAAAACUCUGGGAUAACAUCUUAUCUAAUCCUCUGUCUUUUCAAUUAUAUGCAGUAGCAGCUUUCAAUAUUGUAAUGAGAGACGUUUUGUUGAGUUGCAAAACUUUAAAAAAUUUCAAAGAUUGCUAUAGAAGACAUGGAAUCUCAGCAUCUGCAUUACUAAAAAAGGCUUAUCAAAUACAACAAACAUCUUCAAAUAAUAUUGAUCCUCAGGAACUGACUGGAACAUAUGCACCUAUUCCUAAAGGAGCUUAUCCAAGUUUCUUCGAAAUGUCACAAAUGAAAAUAGAUUUACAGACCCUCAUUCGAAAGAGAAUAAUUGAUCACGAAAUUCAAUAUUUGAAGAGGAGGGAGGACUUACUGGAUAUUAAAAGUAAUUAUUUAAAAGAAUUGCAAGAACUGCAAAUUUUAAGGAGAAAACUGUUGCUGGAAUCUAUAGAGUUAAAGGACGCAGAUGCUCUUGAAUCUCUUGACAGAAAAUUAAGAUCUGUCCAAAGUCUCAUACAGGAUAAUCUUACAAAUCAAGUUAGUAUGCUGAAAGGAACACUUGGUGAAGAUAUGUUUUCUACAGAUAAAAUGGGGACUGAAAAACAGUAUUUUAAAUUUCAAGACUAUAUGAAAAAAAUUAAAAGCAAGUGAAUGAUGUUGAAUCUAAUGUUAUCUGUAAAUAUGUAUCACC